GCCGCGUCGCUACCUGCGCGUUCUUAAUUCAAACUUUAGUGAAUUGGCACUGUUAUUAAUGAAACUUAGCUGUUAUUUAUAUUGUAGUGAAUAGCUGAGACAGUGCAGUGUUAAAUACCGAGUGGUACUUAUAUAUAUAAGUAGUGUUAAGUGUGUGUUUACGCGCUGCUUAAGAAUACAGUUACUCUAGUUGUUAAGAAAUCACAGUUUCGAUACUUUCGACCUAAUAAAUAAUAGCUGUCAUUCUUAGUGCAACGUGAAUGGUAGUGAGUGAUAAGUGUGCAAAGUUUUAGUGUUUUUGAGUGUGAAAUAAGUGACUGCGUGGGUUGCAGACGUUUAGGAAUGCACUGUUAGAGCAGAAAAAGGCGUCGCUAGCAGCAUGCAGAAUGCAACAGACACCACGCCACCAUCAGGCGUGGUGGAACUGCGCGAAGAUAUCCCACUAAAAGCGGGCGUCAGUAGCGGCGGCAGCUGCGGCACUCCACGCCUCAUCGCUGGAUGCUUCGCUGCCCUGUCCGCGGCUGUGACUAUAGCCCUGCUCACGCAGAUAUACUAUGGCGACUACCAGUUGGUGCCUCACGGCUCUGUGUCAAGCGCAGCGGAGGCUUGCUCUUCAGCCGGCACGGGCGCUCUCAAAGCCGGCGGACGAGCGAUGGACGCCGCUGCCGCCGCUGCGUUAUGCCUAGCGUUGCUCGCGCCGCACCGCACUAGCAUUGACGCGAGCGGAAGCCUCCUUUACUGGGAGUACCGCAACCGCACCGCGCGCGAUGAAGGCCCCACGCUCAUGGAGUGGGGGGGACCGAACCAUGGGGGCGUGCCGCGGCUACUGGUAGCGCUGGCGCAGCUGCAUGCGCGGUAUGGCGCGUUGCCUUGGAGCCAGGUGCUGCAGCCAGCCAUAGACCUCGCCAGAGGUGGUUACAGUGUGUCAAGAGGUUUGGCGAUGGCGGCGAGCGGCGCCGGACGCGCCGGUUGGCUCGUGAACGGCGUGCGCGCCGACCCCGCCUACGCCGACUAUCUUGAGACGCUGCAGCGCAACACUAGUGCAGAGCUAACGGCAAUGUGGUCAAAAGACGCAAACGCGGUGCGGUUUUCGUCGGCGCUAGCGAAUCCAGCUGGCGGCUGGAGAUUUUUCGUCGGCGGCGUUGGCGCUGCGUCUGCGGCGAGGGCAAUCGUUGCGGCGAUCGAGACACCCUUCGACGUUGAUGAGGCUGAACGCAGGGUAGUUGCUGCUCUUGUGAAUGAAGCGUACGAAGAAAAAUCGCCGGCCGGCGGCGUGGCGACCGGGCUGGCUGUGGUAGAUCCCGUUGACACCUACAUUGCACUUGUCACAGGGCUAUCGGUGCCGUUCGGCUCAUUACCACCCUGGAGCGUGAAUGGCACGGGCGGCGAGGGCAGUGCUGCCAACGCUCGAGAUUCGCCCGCUGCACCGAUUGAUCUUACACCUGCCAUUUUACUCAACGAAAACGUCUGUGGUACUCGCUACGUCCUUGGGGCUGAAUCAACAAGCGCACUAGUGCAAGCAGCUGCCUCGCUAGCAACAAGCGGAGGCGACGAGCUUGGGCCAGCGAUAGAACGCGCCCGCGUCGGCGUGUUACCAGGCGGCGUGCUGGCAUUAGAAUCGGCGGCGCCGCCUUCGCUCCAGCCUCUAGUCGGCGCGACGGUGAAUGCUUCUCUUCCCUAUGCUGCAGUUAAUGUAGUACAGCAGAGGGGCGAUGCGCUCGCUAGCCAUGCCGACAGUCGCAGCGGUGGGCUUUCUUCGCGUUUCUAACAUUACACAUGGCUAACAUAUUUGUAAACAAUAAAGUAUUGUAGAUUUGUAAAAUUAAGUUUCCAAAUGAAAGGUUGCCUCAAUCGCUGUAAAUGUAUAUGCGUCUGUAACAAUUUUUAUGUCAUUUUAUAAAUGGGUUUCAAAUUUAUUUCUUUAAAUAAUGUUGU